AGUACCAGUACUACUAGUACUACUACUAGUACUACUAGUAAACUUUAUAUUAGUGCUCCCUGGCUGCUGGAUCAGCUGGGUUUUGUUUGUGUUUUGCUCUUAAGUUAAUAAGAAUGUUUGUUUUGUUGUGUGAUCAUUAAGUGAAUUGCUGAGUUUAUCAGUGAGAGAGACAGUGAGAAAAUUUUCUGCCUUAAAGAGAGUUGAUAUAGAACCUUACAAAUUAAACUUAAGUACCACAUUUUAGGAAAACAUUCUUAGAACACUUCAAAAGAAAGCAUUCAUUUAUGCAAGUGGUAUUAGCUCAGGUGAGAGAGCACAGUUAUCAUGAAUGAACUUGCUGUGGUAGUCCCUUUGUAAAGACCAAGUGUGUCGCAGAUACAACGACAUUAUUGACGCCACAGGAAAAUGGAAUUCCCGAAAAAAUGAGAGACGAUGUUAUAAACACUCUGAGACCGGGAAGUGAUGGGAAAAUGAUGCGCAAGUGAGAAAUGAAUCUACAAUCAAUGUUUCGUGACUUUAAUCCUGGGAAGUUCAUCGUGUGGGUGUGCCUGGCCACCUUCACUGCACUGCUGGCGCUGCGUCUGGACGAUGAACUGGACUGGAGUUACUGGCUGGUGUUCUCACCUAUAUGGGUGUGGAAGGCGCUGGUGGUGGUGGGGGCGCUCAUCGGUAAUAUUGUGUGGUGGAAGAAUCCUCACUACAGGUUAGAGGGGCAGUCGUACAUACAGUACCGAGCACUGCUCAUCUCUUUGGGUCUUCACUUGUUUCUGCUGAUGUUUGAGGUGCUGGCAGCUGACAACCUGGAAAAUCAUCGCCACGCCUGGGUGUCAGUCUUCGCUCCACUCAUCCUCAUCUCCAUUGUGUCCAUUGCCGCUUGCAUCUGGGCUGUCAAACACGACCGUUCCUUUGAGUUGGAGUUGUUUUGUUCGGUCAAUCUCCUACAGUUCAUAUUUAUCGCUCUGCGUCUCGACAAAUACAUCAGAUGGCACUGGGAGAUUGUGUUCGUGCCAGCGUGGAUCCUGAUGUGUGUGUCGGUGGUGGCGGUGCUGUACUCCAUCGUGUUUGCCGGGUUACUGCUGCGUAUGCCAGACGUGAAUCCGGACCGACGGCGGACAUCCAUGAACUCUGCUGUCGGAUAUACCUGUCUGGUGGCUCCUCUGCUCAUCUUUCUUAUCACUCUGGCCAGCAAGAUGAACGGCAACACAUCGGCAACUUACACAUCAGUGGUGUCGCCGCUCUACAUCUCCUAUGUGACGCUCAUCCUUAUGUCGUUCACCACAAAGCGCGCUAACCAGUGUAAGUUACCACACAUAUGACGAACCCUCGCACUC